AUGACAGAGAGAGCUCAGUGGACAGCAGGGAGAAGGAACCCAGACUUUGGGUUGGGUGCCCGCAGCCAGGAAAACAGAAAAAACCAACGAGCAAGAAACCCCUGCUGGAGAGCCGUUUGCUGCUCUCUCCGCUGCCAAACCAGAGGCCUCGCGAGGGCAGGAACAGGCUCCGUCUCGCCAGGGUUGUAUCUCCGAGGCUCUGCCCCCAGGAAGAAGGAGCUCCAGGAACCUUCACGAGUCCUCUCUGGUGUAUUUCACCGCCAUCUUGUGGCCUUUCCGGCUCUGGCUGCUACUCAUAGGCAAAGCCUCCUUCCCUGUCACACACUCCAGCCUCAGGCAGCCUCCCACUAUGGCAUCAAGUCAAGGUCCGGGGUUCCACACUCUUGCCUAACGUGUCCGUACGUGGAAACACAAAGGAAAACGGUACUGAGCACUCUACUGAGCACUGUACGUGGAUCUCGUUAUUUGAUCUGCACAAAAUCUAUUUUACAGCCCUGCUCAAAUGAGUCCAGACUGAUGAAGAUUUUAGGAAAGAUACCAACUCAUCUACCCAUUCACUAGUGUAAAGAAAGCUACUAGGUGACUGUCUGCAGAAGAGAAAACCCAAUAAAAGCAAGCCAGCUUACACCACUGAACCCCAGAAAAGUUAGAGGGAGGCA